GUGGAGGAAUUAACUGUUGUAUACAUAUCAUCAAACACGGUGUGUAUAUAUAUGUAUAUAUAUAAAGCUUGCCAUAUCAUGAUAUGAAGAAGGUGUUGGACACCUCUCUCUAUCCCUCUAAGAAAUAGCAGUUGGUCAUUUGAAUAUUAGGUUCUCACCUCUCCAUUUAAAGUCCUCCAAACCAUUCUCCAUUUUCACAACUCCUCCAUCCCUUUCAAUUUCCUAGUUUUCUUCUUCAUCUCUCGUCAAAUUUGUUUAACCCUUUAGAACAACAAUAGAUCGAAGAGUUUUUAAGCUUUUACUCGAGAAAAUUCAACAAAAUGACAGUAAAGAAGAUGAUCUCAUUGCAAUCUUUCUUCCCGAGCUGUUGCAAGAGUGAGAUCAAGCCCCCCAAGAGAGCGGUGGCGAAACAGUCUUCAUUUCAGAGGCUCUCUCUAUCGGAUUUUAGCUCUUCGACGCUUUCUGGGGACCUCUCCAUCUCUUUAGCCGGAUCAAAUCUUCAUGUGUUUAUGCUGGCGGAGCUGAAAGUGAUCACACAGAGCUUCUCACCCACCAACUUUCUUGGUGAAGGCGGGUUCGGACCAGUGCACAAGGGCUUCAUUGAUGACAAGCUUAGGCCUGGUUUGAAGGCUCAGCCUGUGGCUGUCAAGCUACUGGAUUUGGAUGGCAUGCAAGGUCAUAGGGAGUGGCUGACAGAAGUGAUAUUUCUUGGGCAAUUGAGACAUUCAAAUGUUGUGAAGCUGAUUGGGUAUUGUUGUGAAGAAGAGCACAGGCUAUUGGUAUACGAAUACAUGCCGCGAGGCAGCUUAGAGAAUCAAUUAUUUAGAAGAUAUUCAGCAUCACUUCCAUGGUCCAUCAGAAUGAAAAUUGCUCUUGGAGCUGCAAAGGGCCUUGCCUUCCUCCAUGAAGCCCAAAAACCUGUUAUAUUUCGGGAUUUCAAAGCUUCAAACAUCUUGCUAGACUCCGACUACACUGCCAAGCUCUCAGAUUUUGGACUAGCAAAGGAUGGUCCAGAAGGAGAUCACACACACGUGUCCACACGAGUUAUGGGCACUCAUGGCUAUGCUGCUCCUGAAUACAUCCUGACUGGUCACUUGACAUCGGCAAGUGAUGUUUAUAGCUUCGGAGUAGUACUCUUGGAGCUUCUAACGGGAAGGAGAUCGGUGGACAAGAGCCGUCCACACAGAGAACAAAAGCUAGCAGAGUGGGCAAGGCCUCUACUGAAGGACUCCAGAAAGCUGAGUAGGGUAAUGGACCCUAGACUCGAAGGGCAGUACUCGGAAUUGGGGGCACAGAAGGCAGCUGCAUUGGCUUAUCAGUGCCUGAGCCACCGGCCUAAGCUUAGACCAAUCAUGACUAACGUGGUCAAGACUUUGGAACCUCUAAAGGACUUUGACGAUGAUGUUCCAGUAGGACCAUUUGUUUACACAGUUCCAACUGAUCAUAAUGAUUCGCAGAAAGAACAUGUUAAGGAAGGUGAAGCUACUCAAAAGGUUUCCAAGAAAGAAAAUGGCCACCAUCACCGAAAUCAGCAGCUGCAACAUGGACAUAGGCAUCGGAUUCAGUCACCGAAAUCCACAACCAUAUAUUCAGAAACUGCUCUGCACCAAAAUAUCAGAAACGAGUUGAGAUCUCCGGUGCACCAUAGAUUUAAGAGAGCAUAGAGACUGGUUAUACAACUGUAAAUUAAUAACAUUGUAGAUAGAGAGAUUCAUAACACAAUGGUUGUUUUGAAUUGCAUAGUGUGACACACUUGAUUUCUAGGCUCGAGUGUAAGGAUCAAUAUUAUGGGGACAUGUUGAUCUUUCUAAUUAAUUCAUUCAAAAAAAAAAAAAAAUGAUUUAUUUUAUUUUAUUUUAUUUUGUAAUGUACCUUCAGUAAACGGUCUGAUUUCUCAUAAGACAAGAUACAAAAUUAAGAAGAUGCA